AUGGACGCUCACAAUAGCGACAGCAGUGGAAGCGGCAGUGAGGCGCCUGCGUUGUCCGGCCGGGCGAGGAGAAAAUUGCUACUACAGAAGCAGCAGCACUCUAGACAAAAGGAGCCAGCAAGUGCAACUGCACCCACAGUGAAUGACCCCGCUGAGGUGCCCACAGACGGGGACACGCAUAAUGCAGACCCGUGUGACAGCUCGUCCCAAGACCAACAACCACCAAUUACGGGUCCCUGCAAAGUUGAAUACUGCCCGACCUGCGGUAUGCCGUUUGAGUACUGCGAGUUCUCGGGUGCCGCCUGUUCAAAGCAAGCAGAAGCGAAGGACGACCCAAGUGAACAGGCCACGGCGUUAAAGCAAAAGGACGACGAGGAGCAACUGUCAAAUGAAUUACAAGAGAAGGCCGCAAUAUCGGAGGCAAAACGAGGCGCUGGGAAAAAGGAUGGUGCGAAGCCGGAAGUUGUGACUGUGCAGAAACAAGCAAAGCGGAGAGGCAAAUGCGCCACGAACGUCUGGGGGCUGGAAAACUUCGGCGUCAAACCGGAACAGGCGGCGAAACUUGCGAGUAAACAUUUUGCGUGUGGGUCUUCAUUCCAAAAGGGGCAACCUGGCCUAAAGCCUUUUGUUGAAAUUCAAGGUGACGUAGAGGAGACCAUUGCCGCUUUCCUUCUGAAGAAUUUCGGCAUACCCGAAGACAAGAUUGUCUUCCUUGCGGAGAAGUAG